AUGGUGCGGACCACGGGCCUCAUGAGCUUCAAGGAGCACGUCGCGGCCGACAUCAGCGCCCAUGCGGGCGCGCACCUCAGCCUGGUCGAGUUCCAGGCCAAGGAGCAGAUGUGCUUCAAGCUCAUCAGCUGGGACGCUCAGGGCAUUGCGAAGCACAGCGCCGAGUACUUUGCAGCGACGCUGCGCGAACAGCACGACCACGACGCGGCCAUCUUCCAGGAGGCCGGCUACUGGGGCAAGACCACGAGGUUGGAGGUCGGCGAGGGCGACUUCUACCUGGUCACACCGCGGGUCGAGUGGCAAAAGCAGAUGGGGCUGCCGGAGCUAUCCGACCUGAUCACGAUGGCACCGCUUGGGGCGUGCCCGAUCGUGGGCGCGGACGCGCGGGCGACCUUGCCCCCCCCCCCGCAGGCGGACGAGGAGCGCUGGAUCGGGGACUUCCCAGUCGGUCAGCGCACGCGUCGCGCCGAGAUGUUGACGAGAUUUCUCAUGCAGCGCGACCUGGCGGCGGCGAACACGUUCACUGCGGCGGCGAGCGGGCCCGCCUGCCACUGCGAUUUCAAGCGUCCGCCAGCCCAGAUCGACUCUGUCCUGAGGUCCGACAGCGCGCAAUCCGACCACGCGGCCAUCAAGCUGGAGUCCACCCUUGGCACCAGGAGGCGCUGUAUCUGGAACGGAGGUCGUGCGCCUAUGAAGGGCUGGACCUGUCUCGACAACCGCUUCCAGCGCUGGAGCCACGGCGCCUGCUACGCCGAGCACAACCCAGCGCCGAUUACUUCCAUGGCGGACGCAGUGCACCUGGCUGCCGCUGCCUGUGGCAGGGGCCUACCUGCGAGGAGGGUUCCCAGGCUCCCCGAGGGCCGCGAGCUCAUGCAGACGCUGCGGAUGUUGGAAGCGCGUCGGCGGGUCACACGCGACCGCGUUCAGCGCGCGAUCUACAGCGAGGAUGCCAUCCGGAUCCGCGGGAAGGUCUGGGCCGCGAACAGGGCCCUGCAGCACUGCCUCCACGAGCCUGGCGCGAUCCACGACCAGCCGAUGAACGCGGAGGGGGGCAUCGAUGACGACCCGCUGCGGAUCAAGGAGCUCCUGGAGCGCGAUUACGGCAGCGCCUGCAGGGCCAGCGACAGGGAGGAGCUCGUCGGGGCCACUGCCUGCCUCGCCCACUUCACGACGGAGGAUGCAUUCGAUAUCCCGCCCUUCUCGCCCGAGAUGCUCCGCGAGGCUCUGUGCGACAUGAAGGCCAUGCGGGCGCCUGGCGUGGGCGGGGUGGUCGCCGAGGUUUUGCAGGCCCUCGACUCGGGCUCCCUCGCCUCGCUCGCGGCCGUCUUCGAGAGCCACUUCCGCGGGGUAUCCGAGCAUGCCAGUGGCCAGGCCUGGUCGAAGCACAUCAUCCAGCUCAUGAUGAAGAAGGGAGGCAAGCACGCGCUCAAGGGGUACAGGCCGAUCAUGCUCCUCACUACCUUCGAGAAGCUCUACUCGGUUGGCCUAGUCAAGAAGUGUGCCAGUUCGAUGGGCGUGACCUUCAGCAUGCGCAUGAUGGCGGAGAAGGCCCGCAAGUGGAACAUACCCAUCUCUAUCAUGGAUGGCGAUAUCGAGGCGGCAUUCGACCGCGUCUCGCACCGCUCGGUCGAGGAGACACUGAGAAGAAGGGCUGUGCCAGGGCCCGUGAUCCUUGCCAUCACGAGGGAAUUGAAGGCGACGGCCGUGAUCACCAUGUGCUCGAUCCAGACGCAACCAGUACCUCGGACACGCGGCAUUCGACAAGGAGAUCUAGCCAGCGCGAUCCCCUUCAAUCUCGUGCUGGAGGAUGCCUGGGAGGAGUUCCUGGGCGAAUGCCGGACGCGCGGCCGGGGCUGCGAGUUCCCGGGCGAGGCGACAUUGUACGAGGCGGGGCUUCUCUACGCCGACAUUCUGGCUGUUUGCGGGCACGGCCGGGUCGCUGCGCCAGAUGGCGAUGGCCUGGCGGCGUUUCCUGCGAGCUCGCGGCCGGCGCGUACCUCCCUCGGGUUUGACCUGGGGUACGACGGCGCUG